AGACACUUGCAGUUUACUUUCUUAAGAAGAAACAUUUCCAAUUCUUCGUAUAACUCAAUCAGAGAUCAACAUGAAGCAUCAAGGCAGCUACUCUUCUUCUGGAUCCCUCAUGGUAGGCCACAGCUCUAGAGGCCAUUGUUCCUCUGGUAGCAUCUCUUCACUUCAUCAUGGAAGCUCCAAUACACUUCACCAUAAGAGCUUCAGCUGCUCUAAUACUGGUGGUUCCUAUAAAUCAUCCAGCCACCUUGGAGGAAACUCAAAACUAUCUAUCAGUUCAUCUGCUGGUCUUGCACAUGGAGGUGGAAGUGGUCAUGGUAAACUUACAAGUCAUCACAAGAGUUCUAGCAGCCACGCUCAUAACCUACUUCGUAUUAAUGAGAAAGAUACAAUGAGGUCUCUGAAUGAGCGUCUUGCCUCCUAUCUAGACAAGGUCCAUUCGCUGGAGCAGGAGAAUGCUGAGCUGGAAAGGAAGAUAUGUGAAUGGUAUGCAAACAAUGCCCCAAGCUCACUUCCUGACUCCAGUGAGUACUUCAGGACUAUUCAGGAGCUCCAGAACCAGGUAAAACAAGACAUGUAUGCGUUUAAUUAAUCCAAUAAAUGUCUUAAGCAAUUACCUCUAAUGCAGUUAUUUGUGGGGUGAUUCCACCUAUAAUGCAUGUAUACUGACUUGAAAUAAACUUAGCAUUGUCUAACAAUAAGCAUGUUAGUUUUUUUUCAUGUUGAAUUUAAUUUUAAUAAUUAGUUUAAUUUAACAAGCAAGAACCGAAAAGGGUUCACUCUGCUUACUGCCAAAACUUUUUAGUUGAGGAAUUGCCGUUCAGUAAGCAGAGACUCAGACUUCUAAGAGAAUCCAGUCAAACAUUUCUGAAAAAACUAAAAAAAUUUCAAUAACGUAUUGCAGACAACUCAUAAUAUAUCAAUUUUAUACAUAGUGUUAUCUGGUUAAAUUUAAGUUUUUAGCAUUAGAAACUCUGAAGAUCUAUAAUUUUUCUUGAAUGGAAAAUAUAACGUCUUUUUUUUAACCAGAUUGCUUCAUCCACAAUCCACAGUGCAAGGAUUGUCCUGCAGAUAGAUAGUGCACAACAAAAUGCAGAUGACUUCAGAAGCAGGUAAGUAUAUGAAUUUAAUCAGUUUGAUGAGAACUUAUGAAGACUUCACUUCCUUCAUCUGUUGCAUUGUAUAUAUUCUUCUCUUGACUUUGUGUUUUUAUCCACAUAUCCUACAAACAAAUUACAGUAGAAGACUUUGCAUACAAUUAUACAUAACUUAAUUCUGCAAGACUUCUCUAACUGCAAUGGUUUAAGGAUGAUUAUACACUGUUUCCCAGUACCUCUCGAGUCAAUAGAGGUCUACCAGCACCAAAGUAAUUGCUUUAGCAAAGUAAUUUAAAAAAGCUGCUGUAAAUUUUCAUAUGAGCUCUGUUGUUGUAAAUCUUAAGGUUUUUGUGGCAUUUGUCUGAAUGAUUAAAACACUGGUUUACCUGGUAUAGUUUUAAUUGUUACAAUCCAUAAAUCUGUUGGUGAACUUGCUUUUGUAAUUGUCGCAUUUUUUUUUUUUAAUGAAAUGUCAAGUAUUGAAAACAGAGUUUCUGCCCAUAUUGCGGAAGAUAGUACUGACUAUGUAUAAUAUAUAUAACUCAAUCAAUCUAUAUUGUGGCAUACCGUGUAAUUAUAGUAAAGUACACUAUGCGAUAAAUAUCUUUAACUCAAACAAUCCUUGACUAACUGCAUUACCAUAGUUGCCACAAGUUGUUGUUUUUUCUGGUCUUCCUUUCAAAAAAUUAACUUUCGAUCAUUGUUAAAGUAAACAGUGGUGCAGUGCUAAUUUUUAUGUAUAUUUCAUUAAUUGUUUUAAUAAUAUGAUAUGGAGUGCUCGUUGUUGCAUGCCGUGUAAUCAUAGUACAAUAUGUUGUAAAUACCUUUACACAACCCUUUACUAACUGCUCACGUCAUUGCCAUAAUUAUCAAAAAGCUGCAUUUUUGGCAUGGUAAUCCAUACAGGAAAAACUAGUUUCAACCAAUGUUACAGUGAAAUGUGAUACAGACUUAAUUAUAUAAUAUAGUGUGCUCAUUUAAUAUUAUUAUCAAUUUAGAUGUGAGAUGGAGAAAAACACAAGAAGCAAUGUGGAUGGAGAUACUGGUUCCUUGAGAAGAGUCUUACAACAAAUUAACAAUGAAGUGCAAACCUUAUCCGGAGAAGUCCAAUGUCUCCAGCAAGAACUUUCUCAGAUGAGAAACAACCAUUCAGGGGUAAAAUGGAGAAAUGUGGAUUUUUUUUUCUUUUACAAAUAAUUUAUCAAAAUACUAAAUUCAGAACAAAGAUAUAUUUAGAAUAUGCACACUAUAAUUCAUUAAGACAACCAAGCUAAGGAACUGUAGGCACAUAUUGAGAUGCCACCUUGUACAUUUCUAACAUUGUUGUUAUGGAAAAUACUUUGAAAAGUGACUUUUAAUCAAGGUUGUUUUAUACAAAUCUGAUUUAUGUAACUCAUUUAACAUCAAUACGUAUUAUUAUCUAUAGAUAUAACAAUGGGCUAUUUAUAAAGAAAAAAUGUGGUGCCCAGUUCUAAACGUUGAGAAAUUACCAUGAAAAUCAAAAUAAUGUUCUGGUGAUUGACCCAUAUUUUAAAUUUUGUUUCACAAAUGUUCUUUAUGAAUGACUUUCAGAUUUUCCUUUCACUUCUGACCCUAAUCCUUUGUUUUUCUCGAAGGAAGUGAAUGAGCUGCGUGCUCAGCUUGGAACCAGAGUCAAUGUAGAAAUGAAUGCUGCUCCAUCUGUUGACCUAAACAGAGCUUUAUCUGAGCUCAGAGAAGAAUAUGAAAACAUGAUGGAGAGGAACCUCAGGGAAGCUGAGGACAUGUUCUUGGCAAAGGUAAGUCUAACCAUUAAAAUCAUGGGACCACUAGCUGACAGCAGAUAUAGAUCUAUAUCAAAUUGUCAACAUACAUCCAUAUUUUUAUUUAUUUUUUCAAAUUCCAUAAAUGUAGAUAUUAUUUCACUUAUUGAUCCUAAAAAUGUGUAAAUAUUAACCAUAUUUCACCACUGUAGAAAAUUAUCUUAAAAGGAUUUAAUGGUACCUGCAUUCAUUGAUAUUAUACCAGAUUAGAUAUAAAUAAGAAUGGUAUUAUAUGUUCACAUUAAAAUAAAUAAUGUAUAUGUAUGUUGCCUGCAUUGUUCCCUCUGCAGAGCGCAGAACUGGACCGUGAGAUGUCUGUAGGAGCCGUGCAGUUACAGUCAGUUAAUAAUGAUAUAAUUGAUUCAAAGCGAUCUUUACAGACUCUGGAGAUCGAAUUGCAGAGUCAGCUAAGUAUGGUAUGUCCUACAGAUAGGAGAACAGCGCAGACAUUAAAAUAAAUGUUUAUUUUUUAUAAGGCCACUUAAAAUCACCUAGUCAGCAAACAAAUAUGGGGAUUCAGUUCCACCGUAUGGCCAUAUUGUGUUAAACCCACCACUAUUUCACAUUAACCCAAUAUUGCUGGGCCCUACACUAAUUCCAACAUGGAAAACAAUUUACAUUGUGCUAGUGCUAAAUAAGCUAAAGUGCUAAAGUGUAAGAGCAUUGUGAAUCUAUAUAAUACCAAAAAUGUGAUAAAUGCAAUUCAAAAAAAUGCAGUAUCAAAACUAAAUAAUUAAAGUGCUUUGAUGUACAUAUUCACAAUGCAUAUCAUAUAUCUGCUCUAUGAAAAUUAUAAUUGAUGUGACAUUACUAUCCAAAAACUCUUCAAAUGUAUACAUUUCUGUGAUCACCUCCAAAGGGACAACUGAAACUGGAGGGCAGGGGGGGAGCUCAACCCAAAAGGAAUCUGGUCUGGAUUCCAAACUUACAUGGUAAAGACAAAAGGGAAUUGGGGGCACACCAGAAAAAUGCAUUUUACAGGAAUGGUGCUUCCGUAGUGACCAAAAUAUAUACAUAACACAGAUUAAGGAACAGCGCACACAUAAAAAUAUAUUUUUACAUUUUAUAAAGCCACAUUGUGUUAAAGUAAGACCCAAUAUCGGAGGGUCCUACACUAAUUCUAACAUAAUAUGAAAAGAAAAUUACUAAUUUAGUUAUUUAAUAUUGCUGUUCCAUUAUUGGCAGAAAUCCGCUCUGGAGGGCACCUUAUCAGAGACGGAGGCAACAUUUGGUUCCCAGCUUUCCCAGUUACAAUGCAUGAUUGAUAACAUUGAGUCUCAACUAGCACAAGUCCGAUCUGACCUAGAACAACAGAACCGCGAAUACCAAGUUCUCAUGGACCAGAAGACUCAUCUAGAAAUGGAAAUCAACACCUACAGACAUCUGCUGGAUGGACAUAACAUUCAGUGCGUAUUACACCUUUUUACUACAUUUCAUUAUUUAGUAUUCAGAUCAAGAAAAAAGGGACACUCCUGGUGUCAUGCAAGCAUGAUUUAAAAACCUCAUAAACAUCAUAAAAAAGUAAACAAAGCUUGAUUAUUAAUAUAUCUUCAUUUUCAUGUAUAGCAAAAAUUCCCAUGGUACUUUAUAUGUUGUCUAUAGAGUUUCUAGUAAGCCGAACUGGGUUAAAAUUAGAAUAGCGUAUAGAAUAAGAUAUAUAACAGAAUAUUAUUAGUACCAUUAAAUAUGGUACUAAUACAGUACCAUUAAAUAUCACAACAAUCUGUUCACUGGUGUGGAACAGGUAAUACAAGGGUGAUAUAAAUGAGGUUAGAUGAGAUUGACUGACAAUGGGGGAGGAGAUUGUUUGGAGUCAGAAAUACACUUUAAAAUGGAGUUUCAGAGAAGGCAUUUGUGCAUAGGUUGACUUUUGGGAUAAAAUGAUAGAGGUUUUCUUAUAUUGGGGGCUAAGAAGAAGUGGGACUGAGAAAAGUCCAGGAAGGAGGUGGUAAAGUUUUAAAGGAAGCAGAGAUGAUGGGUUAUGGGUUGCAAAGCAGAUGAGUAAGGAGAGCUAUGAGGGUUCAAGGUACUAGAGCAGGGGUGGCCAAAAGAUAGGCCCACAGCUAUUGCAGGACCACAAGCUCUAUAUUGCUUUACUUACUGCAAUGUCGUCAACGAAUCGCCGGAGUGGUAGUUCUGGAAUAACAUUGAUUCUACUUCCUGUAAACCCCUUUUCUAUAAAGAUUUGGUUACUACCUAAUGUAUUAUUAUUGAGAACGUUAGUAGUCCCAAAAAAUAAGAGGAGUAGGAUGCACUGAAGAAGAUUAUUGCCGAAUUGCUAUUAAAUAUAAUUAUGUCCAAUUCAUGUUAAUGUUUGUUUUAGGUAGAUUGUUUUUACAUUUAUUUUAAAUAUAUGUAAUUUUAUUUGCAGCAUUGCAGAUCAUAGAAAUUCAGGAGGUGAGUAACAGUCAUUAUGAAUGGUCUAUAGUAGGCAAAAAGUAAUAAAAUUGCAAAUAAAAUGCCUAGCUAUGAAUCUGUCAAAGUCAGAAAAUAAAUUGCACUCAUAUUUGUUCUCUUUGACUCCGACCUCUCCUUCAAGCCUCAUGUUCAAUCUAUCGCCAAAUCCUGUCAUUUCCAUCUCAAAAACAUUGCGCGCAUUCGCCCCUACUUAACGCCAGAUGCGACUAAGGUGUUGGUCCAUCCCACUGUCCUUUCUCGCCUUGACUUCUGUAAUCCGCUUCUCAGUGGUCUUACGUGCUCCCAACUUGUGCCGUUACAGUCCAUAAUGAAUGCGGCGGCGAGGCUCAUCUUCCUGUCCGCCCGCACCUCCCAUGCCUCACCUUUCUGUCAGUCCCUACAUUGGCUUCCUAUAAAAUAUAGAGCUCAAUUUAAAAUUCUGGUUCUUGCUUUCAAAUCUCUACAUAAUGCUGCUCCCACCUAUCUAUCUUCCCUAAUACACAAGUAUGUCCCGUCUAGGCCCUUAAGUUCUGCUGAAGACUUACGUCUAUCCUCUGUCCGUACACCCACCUCUAAUGCUCGCCUUCAAGAUUUCUCUGUGGAACUCGCUUCCCUCCUCUGUUAGAUGCUCACCCAGUCUCCACUCCUUCAAAAAAUCGUUAAAAACCCCAUAAAAGCGUAUCAAUUAAACUGUUAAUAGCUCCUGACUGAUUCCUCUUCUGCAACUGUCACUAGUGUAAUAAUAUCCUUACCUUUUUGUGUAAUUUUACCCCACUCCCUCUAGCAUGUAAACUCAUUGAGCAGGGCCCUCAACCCCUCUGUUCCUGUGUGUCCAACUUGUCUGGUUACAACUACAUGUCUGUUCGUCUACCCAUUGUAAAGCGCUGCGGAAUUUGAUGGCGCUCUAUAAAUAUCAUAAUAAUAAUAAUAUUUGUAUUUUAUAAUAAACUUAAAAAUAACGAACUAGUAUUUACUUAAGAGUUGCAUGAACUGUAAGCAUUUCACCUGCACACAUCACAUAUGCAAUAUUUCAAAACAAUUGAAUCAAAAUAGAAACUAUUGCAUAUAUUUGUAUAACAUUAAAUGAAUUAGUUGGAUAACACAUAUCCAUUAGAAGCUUAACAUUUGUCUAAAACCCAUGACGAUUCCAUAUAGACUCAUAAAAUCAUAAGAAAUUCAGGGCUUUUUUUUUUUUUAACUAAUCAGAGUUGUAAUGAAAUCAACGUAAUAUGAUGUUUGUUGGAUGUGAGUGUAAAUUAUUAUAAAAAGAUGUAUUAAUUUGUCCCUUUGUGUCUACUUUGUUUUAGCAUCCGAUCACAAGUGCAAGAAAUAGACUGUGUCCUUCUCAAAACCAUCAAUGUACAAAGCUUGCAAUACCUCUCUUGAAGAAAUAAAAUGAAGUGGAAUGUUAUAACGCCAUCUGCUAUUUUACUGUUGUUUUCUGUAUUGUCUUUUUUUUUAUUUUUCUUUGUUUUAUAAAACGCUUAAUGGAAGUGAAAAUCCAAUACAAGAUAUAUUAGCUGUGUGUACAAGCAAAUCUGAUAUUGUUCUCAAUUAUUGGACACUAUUUGUGUCAUAUUUUUCAUAAAAACAGAACUUAUCUGCAUCUUGUACAUCAAUACAUUGUUUACUUUAACCUUGUGCAGCUUUAUCAAGUAGAGGUGUCUAUUACCAAAUUAUGGUUUUAUGGUUUUGCCAUAUAUAGUACAGUAGUCACCAAAAAUAUGGAGGAUAAUAUGGAGGAUCAUAACUGUUUCUCAAUGCUGAAAAUGUUUUCUAGCUAUUUGAUGAAAUUCUAACGUUAUACCUGCUGCAUAUUCUUAGUAAACCAUAUUCAUUGUUGGGAUUUAAUUGUUGUUGGAACCUUUGGACUGUAUUGUCAUUAUAACUUUAUUGUAACUGUAUCCAUUCUUGCUAAAUAAAUAAUUUUCUCAAUCCU